AUGAAGUCCACGGCUGAGAGUAAAGAGACUCCGUCUCAGGACGAGUCGACCACCAGUGUACCAUGCACGGAGGCGCCUCUGGUCGAGGAAGGGGAGGAAGCAAGCUUUGGCGCAUACAAGAGGAUCUUUACAUUCGCCGGCAGGACAGAACUUAUCCUUCAGGCCGUUGCUAUCCUUGCUGCAUGCGCCUCUGGAGCAGGAAUUGCGCUUCAAAACCUCAUCUUCGGCCAGUUCGUCACCGUCAUCACCGAUUUCACCAACGGAAUCUCAACGCCGGCAGACUUUCGUGACAAUGCCGCCGAGUUGGCCCUCUACUUUGUAUACCUGGGCAUCGCGCGGCUCGUCCUCUCCUACACCUACAACACCCUCCUAACCUACGCGGCCUACCGCAUCGUCCGCAAUAUCCGACACGCCUAUCUCAAAGCGGCGCUGAGCCAAGAAGUGGCAUACUACGAUUUCGGUAGCGGGGGCUCCAUCGCCGCGCAGGCAACUUCGAACGGCAAACUGAUCCAGGCCGGCGCCUCGGAUAAGAUCGGUCUUCUCUUCCAGGGCCUCGCAGCAUUCGUGACGGCUUUCAUUAUCGCGUUUGUGGUGCAGUGGAAACUCACUCUGAUCUGCAUCUGCAUCCCCGUAGCCACGAUCGGCACGACGGGGGUGGUAGCUGCGGUCGAGGCUGGGCACGAGACGAGGAUCUUGCAGAUACAUGCGCAGGCGAAUUCGUUUGCCGAGGGUAUUCUGGCGGGUGUGAAGGCUGUUCAUGCUUUUGGGAUGCGGGAUAGUCUGGUCAGGAAGUUUGAUGAAUAUCUGGUGGAGGCGCAUAAGGUCGGUAAGAAGAUCUCGCCGCUGCUUGGUCUUCUCUUCUCGGCGGAGUAUACGAUCAUCUACCUUGGAUAUGGGCUGGCGUUUUGGCAGGGGAUCCAUAUGUUCGGCAGGGGGGAGAUUGGGACUGCUGGGGAUAUCUUUACGGUUUUGCUCUCUGUCGUCAUUGCGUCAAUCAACCUGACUUUACUGGCGCCGUAUUCAAUUGAAUUUAGCAGGGCUGCUUCAGCGGCUGCGCAACUGUUCCGACUCAUAGAUCGAGAGUCUGAAAUCAACCCAUACGGGAAGGAAGGCCUCGAGCCGGAACGGGUAUUAGGCGACGUCGAGCUCGAGAAUGUUACGUUCUCGUAUCCCACGAGGCCGGGGAUUACCGUCCUCGAUAACUUCAGUCUCAAGGUCCCAGCGGGAAAGGUGACUGCCCUGGUAGGGCAAUCUGGAUCGGGGAAGAGCACGAUCGUGGGAUUGCUCGAGCGGUGGUAUAACCCGACCUCUGGGGCGAUCAGACUCGACGGGAACCUGAUCAGUGAGCUCAAUGUUGGCUGGCUGCGGAGGAAUGUGCGGCUCGUACAGCAGGAGCCGGUGCUCUUCCAGGGAAGCGUGUUCGAUAACAUCAGGUACGGCCUCGUCGGGACGCCGUGGGAGAAUGCCUCUCGGGAAGAGCAGAUGGAACGGGUGCAGGAGGCCGCGAAGUUGGCAUAUGCGCACGAAUUCAUCUCUGAGCUGACCGACGGAUACGAUACGCUGAUCGGCGAACGGGGUGGUCUGCUUUCUGGAGGCCAGAAGCAGCGGGUUGCGAUUGCCCGCAGCGUCGUUUCUCAACCGAAGGUCCUUCUGCUGGAUGAAGCAACCAGUGCUCUUGAUCCGCAUGCAGAGACGAUUGUUCAGAAGGCUCUGGACAAAGCAGCUGAGGGGCGCACGACGAUUGUCAUUGCUCACAAACUUGCUACGAUCCGCAAGGCGGACAAUAUCGUUGUCAUGAGCAAGGGUCACAUUGUCGAGCAAGGCACACACGAGUCACUGAUAGCCAAGGACGGCGUCUAUGCCGGUCUGGUCAAAAUCCAGAACCUGGCAGUGAAUGCUUCAGCACAUGACAAUGUAAAUGAGGAGGGUGAAGGCGAAGAUGUCGCUCUCCUGGAGGUCACCGAAACAGCAGUAACCCGCUACCCAACCUCCAUCCGCGGUCGAAUGAACUCCAUAAAGGACCGCGACGAUUAUGAGAACCACAAGCACAUGGAUAUGCUGGCCGCCUUAGCUUAUCUCGUCCGCGAAUGUCCAGAACUGAAAUGGGCCUAUCUCGUCGUGCUACUGGGGUGUCUUGGUGGUUGCGCCAUGUACCCCGGCCAAGCUAUCUUGAUGUCUCGCGUUGUCGAGGUCUUCACGCUCUCGGGAGACGCUAUGCUAGACAAAGGAGACUUCUAUGCCAGUAUGCUGAUCGUUCUCGCGGCCGGGUGUCUGAUCUGUUACUUAGCUGUCGGAUAUGCAACCAACACUAUAGCCCAGCAUCUUAGUCAUUGGUUUCGACGCCUCAUUCUGCACGACAUGCUGCGACAGGAUAUCCAGUUCUUUGACCGUGAAGAGAACACUACCGGUGCGCUGGUAAGCCGUAUCGAUUCGUACCCGCAUGCAAUUCUCGAACUGAUGGGCUACAACAUCGCCCUGGUCGUGAUUGCUGUCCUGCAGGUGGUAACCUGUGGCAUCCUGGCCAUUGCAUUCUCCUGGAAACUAGGGCUGGUCGUUGUCUUUGGCGGUAUUCCACCCCUUGUCGGUGCUGGGAUGGUACGAAUCCGCGUCGACUCCCGCCUCGAUCGCCAGACAUCGAAGAAAUAUGGCACCAGCUCGUCCAUUGCCUCUGAAGCUGUAAACGCUAUCCGGACCGUUUCGUCCCUUGCAAUCGAAGAGACGGUGCUACGUCGAUACACGGAGGAACUAGACCACGCUGUCUCGUCUUCGGUGAAACCCAUGGCUGCCACGAUGAUUUGUUUCGGGCUGACGCAGUGCAUUGAGUACUGGUUUCAGGCGCUGGGAUUCUGGUAUGGGUGUCGUCUUGUGUCGCUGGGGGAGACUAGCAUGUAUAGUUUCUUUGUCGCAUUCCUCAGUGUGUUCUUUGCGGGUCAGGCGUCAGCGCAGCUGUUCCAGUGGUCGACCAGUAUUACAAAGGGAAUCAAUGCGACGAACUACAUCGCUUGGUUGCACCAGCUCCAACCAACAGUGCGCGAGACGCCGGAGAACCACGAUAAAGGCCCUGGAUCUGGGGCGCCGAUUGCUAUGGACAAUGUGCGCUUCUCGUACCCUCUACGGCCAGACGCCCCUAUCCUGAAAGGGGUGAAUCUGAAGAUAAACAAAGGCCAAUUCAUCGCUUUCGUCGGCUCCUCCGGCUGCGGCAAAUCCACCAUGAUUGCCAUGCUCGAGCGCUUCUACGAUCCAACAACAGGGAGCAUCACAAUCGACGCUUCCACCCUCACCGACAUAAACCCCAUAUCCUACCGAAAUAUUGUGGCACUGGUGCAGCAAGAGCCAACCCUUUUCCAAGGGACAAUACGGGACAACAUCUCGCUUGGCGUCUUCAACCCGAAUACGCAGCCUUUCUUUUCUGAUAAGGAUGCAGUGAAGUCCGUGUCUGAUGAGCAGAUUGAGUCGGCCCUCCGCGCAGCUAAUGCCUGGGACUUUGUCUCCUCAUUGCCGCAGGGGAUCUACACGCCCGCUGGCUCAGGCGGGUCCCAACUCUCUGGGGGGCAGCGGCAACGCAUUGCCAUUGCCCGCGCGCUCAUCCGAGAUCCAAAGAUCUUACUCCUUGACGAGGCUACGAGUGCCCUGGAUACAGAGAGUGAGAAGAUCGUGCAGAAGGCUCUCGAGGGGGCGGCCAGGGACGGGGACCGGCUUACGGUUGCUGUUGCGCAUCGAUUAAGCACGAUUAAGGAUGCUAAUGUUAUCUGUGUAUUCUUUGGAGGAAAGAUUGCGGAGAUGGGAACGCAUCAAGAGUUAAUAGUUAGGGGGGGGCUGUAUAGACGGAUGUGUGAGGCGCAGGCCUUGGACUAA